AUGCACUUAGAGGCGGAAGAGAAGAAAAGGCCUCAAGCAGAGAAAGAACGGGUUCAAGCGGAGAAUAGAGCGAAACGGGCAGGUUCCAGGGCUCCGCAAUCUUCCCAGCUCCCCAACAGCACGUUGACGGAAGGAGGCGGUACGGAUCCUAAUAUAGCGGAGAAUGAUGGCAAACCUAUAGAUCAAGAUGAACCAGGAGCGGUCAAUGGCGAUGAUGGCAAUGAUGAAUUGUCUGAAGCAGGAGGUGACGAAAUUGAUUUUAAGUCAGCGUUAAAGAAAAAGAUUAGUUUCAAGUUAGACGGCGCUUGGGUUCCAAGCCUUGAAAAGAACAUAAGAAUCAAAGUUUGCGGGUGUCCUAGACCUGGUCGGUUUUGGCCUUUGGCUGCCUUUGGCGCCUGUGUCGGUUCCCGCCGGGUCCCGACAGGACUGCAGCUAUCAGCGCUCAUUCUUGUUGCGGUGAUAGGUGCAGAUGCUGCUUUGAGCGUUCUCCUACCAGACAGCCUUGGUCAAUGGUACAAUUUGACAUUUCCUUCUGCAGGAGACUCGGAACCCCAACCUGGCGUUUCAAUCAUGGAUGAACUCAACCAUGCGGUUGAAUUUGGUACUGUCGAAGAGGCGAGAGCUGCCCCAGCGAAGAUAGACAAAGUCUUGAGGCGGACGGUUCAAUUCAACCCUCCCGCGGGAGCGGUGGCGUCCUCGGAACCUAGAGCGGGCCCGAAAACUCCAUCCAGAGCCGCGCGGAGACUGGUUGUUGAGAGUGCACCGGCAGUCUCUGGUUCGAAAAGAAAGUCCUUGAAGGAUGGUGGAGAUCCUUCCUCGCCCUCAGAUCCUUCAGAAGACGACGAAAGCGUACUAGUCGAGGCGCCUAAAAAGCGCUCGAAGACAAAAAAGAAGAAGUCGAAGAAGUCCAAGGACGACUCGUCCUCAGAAGGAAGCUCGUCCCCAUCCGAGUCAUCUUCUUCAGAUGACUCCUCGGCGAUUAGUGCCGCUGAACUCGAGUGCAAAGCCGUGGACUUCACGGGAAAAUCACGUGCUCUUUGUACAUUGUACACUGUGACUGUCUGUAGCUGUCUGUACAGCGCUGUACACUCGACCCCGCUCACCCGUGUACGCCUUCGGUCAGACUUACGGUGUACCACAACUGCAGCGUCUGUACGCCGGCCCAAACAGGCUGAGCCAUCAGACGUUUCGACCAAGUCAAACAACAUAAGUAUUUCGGCUGAAACUAUUCCAAACGGCCGUUUCCAUCAAGCCCUCGUUGUUCUUAUCCCUCUUUCAAUCAUCUGCCGAGCCCAAGUGUGCUUUCACCUCGUACCUACACACCUCGAAGGACCAAAUGACAGUCGCAGAAUGCUUCAAGCCUGA